AUGGGCAGCCAGGGCAGAGUGCCAGCCUCCUGCUGGGCCGGGGCAGAGCUGGGCUCACGGACAAUCCAGCUGCCCCAUUUCCACUUCAAGGUGAUGAAGAAGAAACGCAAACUCCAGGAGGCAAGGCUGGGCCCGGGGACGUACAACAUCAGGGGCUCCCUGCAGGAGACGCGGCCCUCCAGCCUCCGGGGCAUCUGCGACACACGGGAGCCGAGGUUCAGGGCUGGCCAGCGGGACUGCUUCCCUGGCCCCGGCACCUACGGCCCCCGGGGGAACCCCUACACCCCGCUGGACGAGAGGGACAAGCGCUCCGCUGGCACACGUGGUCUGAUGGACAGCAGGACGGAGAAGUGUGUCCUCCCAGCAGCCAUGGGCAGCGGCCUGGGGCCCGGCACCUACUCCCUGCCCAGCAGCAUUGAGGAGGGGCUGCGGCGGGCGGCCGGCCGCGUCCCCCCCCAGGUUUCAGGGGACAAGACGAAGCCCAGCAGCAGCCGGCGGCAUGACUGGGAGCAGGGGCAAGGCACCGAGCUGGGCGCUGGCACUGCCAAGAGUUUCCUGGACGAGCUGGUGUCAAAGGAAAACAAGAAGAAAGGCUGCUUCAGCACCCUGCCGAGGAACCCGGGCUGCCCCUCGGAGAGGAUCUUCUGGGCCACGCUCAGCCAGUGCCCGAGGGAUGCGUAUGCGGCAGGGCCUGGCUCGUACGAUCCCAAACCCUUUGAAGGAUCUGCAGACUUCAACCAGCCCCCGUUCUGGUCAUCUGCCAAGAGGUUUGACAGAAAGUCCGACCGCCUCUUCAAUGGGAACGAGGUGAGUGAGCAGGGAACGAGAGAGCCAGAACAAAGCCUGAAGGGCUCAAAGCCAGCAAGGGAAGCUUUGCUCUCAAACAGCCCACCUUGGCUAGGGACGAGGAGAGGACUUCCACGCGGCUCUCUCUCUCCUUUGUGCAGCUGUGUGGGGAGCAGGCAACUUGCAAGAGGUCAAGGCACCUUCGUAAUUGCGGGGGAACCUGACACAUUACUCUGCAGUGGCCAGGCUGCGAUAAAGCAGCCCGUGGCUAUCGCUAGCAGUAGGCAACCGGGGAGCAUGCUUCAGUCAGUGGAGCUAAUCAGAAAGCCACCGCCUGGUUGUGCCCCUGCAAGAUGGGAAACCGUGUGUGUGACCUUCUGCUUCCAGAACACCGUAGGAGUUGGCCGCUACGAUGUCACCAGGGGUGAGCGCUGCCCUCAGCAGCUCAGGUACCAGUCCCUGUACCUGCAUGACGCUCAGCGGUACCUCAGCAACCCGAAGCAGGACGCCUACCUGCUUGAGCGGCUCAGGCCUGUUGUGAAAAACAACUGGAGAUUGAUUUCUGCUCCACACUGCCCGGACAUUUGUGAAGAAACCACUGCUGUUUUCCACAUGUAAGGUGGCGCUGGGAAGCCCGGAUCAGUAAAUAAAUCAGACACGCCAGUAGAUGGGACGGUGUAGAUGAGAAUACUUGCAA